AUGGUGUUGGAGAAAAACACAAAUCGAAAACAAAAAACUGGAAAUGGAAAAAGUAUCAGGGCUAAAAUAAAUAACAAAUCUAGAUUUUUUCAAGCCAAAUUAGCAUUUCCAAGUAAAAAUCCAAAUAAAGUUAUAGAAUGUACAAAAUGUGGAAUGACAUAUUCCAAUCAAUCGCAUGAAGAUAUUAUGAUGCAUGACAAGUUUCAUGAUUUAAGGAUAAAUGGAAGAAAAUGGUCGACUAAUUGGGGACAACAAGUUUAUUUAGUGGAGGAUUCGGUAGAUGGAUUAUUGUCAACACCUUUGUUAUCGCAAGAUAGUUGUUUUACCAAUGAUGAAAGGAUUGUUAUGGUAAGGCCAAAUCAUAGUGCCGAAGUUAAUGCAACAUUAGAUAUCAUGACACUAGUAAAUAAUGAAUUAAAUGCACCUCAUGAUGAAAAUUCCUUUUGGUCUCAAGAAAAUGGUACAGGAAAAGCAUUUAUUUAUGUGAAGAAUGGAAAAGCUGUAGGUGCUGUUACCAUUGAAAUGUUAGAGAAGGAUAGAGGACGUUGGAUGAUAUAUAAAAACAAAGUCAUUGUUCAACAGUCAAGACCACAGUUUAUAUUAGGUAUAUCGAGAAUAUGGGUUUGCAAAUCUCAAAGAUUGAAUGGAAUUGCAACAAAAUUAUUAAAUGCUGCGAGGCAAAACACAAUUUUUGGAAAGAUUGUAGAUAAACAAUUUAUUGCAUGGAGUCAACCUUCUGAUAAUGGUGGGAAAAUGGCACUAAAAUAUAAUAGUGUUAGACAUAAUUCAGGAGAAAUCCUUAUACCAUGCUAUAUUUAG